ACACUCGUUUUGCUACUUCGUGCUGCUGUUGAUAAUAAAUGACUGAACUGGAGUCAGUCUGUAUACAGAGUUAAAGUACUUACGUUUUGACAACAUUAACUUUCGCUUUCAGUACAGCAGAAAUGAACAACGCAGGAUCUUCUACGUGGCUGCCCCCCGCAUUUGCAUGGAUAAACCCCAAAACAUGGGGGUCAAACAAAGAAAAGAAUGCCAGAGCUGUCCGAGAAGAAAUCAAUUUAAUUUCGGGAUCUUCUGUCCUGGAUGAAGCUGGCAUCGAUGACGCUCAAGUCCUGACUUUGACCAGAGAAGAUCUGAAUGAGCUUUUUCCAGGUAUCAAGAACUUUCAGCUCAGAAGGACGAUUAUGGCAAUAAUCACAGAAUCAGUGAAGGAUUCUUCUGGACCACAAACAUUUGAUGCAGCACUGAAGCAAUUAAUGGCUCACAACAGCAAUGAUCCUGCUGUACAUGAAGUUGUGAAGGAGUCACUUCGAGCUUUUCGAGAGGUGGACCAGCAGCUCAAAUCAGCACAGGCAUCUCUGAAACCAUACAUUGACAUCUUGAGCAGUUUGAGUGAAGCACCUUCUAGAAAAGAGGACUGGGAAACUGAGAGAACAUCAAGCAGGAAGAAGCUUCCAAGCCCUUCACACACCAGUUCAAGAUCUUCAAUCAAAAAGAAGACUUAUGAGCCUUCAGUCAAAGUGCAUCUCCUUUUGUGUGGUCGAACUUUAGGAGCUCACACGCAAGUCCUUGCAGGGCUCCCUGGAGUUCAAGCGAGUGAAUUAAUGGACUGUCAGUUGAUUCUGGCCUUUUGUCCUGUGGUAUCACGGGUGGGAACAGACAUUGAAGAGGCACUGAAGAAAAUUCCAGGUGUGACGUCAUGCAAAGUGGUUUCCGGGUCCAAGCGCUAUAUCAAACUGUAUAGAAAGACUCAACAAAUGUUGAUAAGCCAGCAGUCCUGGUGAUGAUGUACCACACCUUCAACCCCAACCACAUCUGUCAAAACUUGCAUAUGUCAACUUCUCAAGCAAACAUUAUGGAAUAUGUGAACGUGCUCUUCCAUGACUCACACAAUGGUAUUCUGAACUGCCCAGCAAAUGAUCAAGCAAUGACCAAACUUCAGAUGAUCCUAAACCAAUACAUGUCCUAAAAAAGGGGCGUCAAUGUAUAUUUGUCAUCGUAUAUAUGUAAAAACGAAGCUUACUAAUAAACAUUUAGGACUGUUG